AGCGCAGCCGUGCUCGCGGUCAGCUCGCCGUCCAUCGCUGUACGAGGCCGGCGGAAGCAAGAAUUGCAUCUCUGUGAUCACUGGCUUGGCGCACCAGCCCUCUCGCUGUCAAAAUAUAGAGUGUGAGGACCGUGCACAAACUGCUCGCGCACCAGGCAAAAAGCCGCGGCGCCGAACGGAGCGCUGGGACGCACGUUUAUCAAGCGGCUACUUUAACGCGCGCGCUACUUUGACGCGCGCCGCAAGCAUAAAUAUAUAAAAAAAGAUGGCCGAGAGCGACGACCCCGUCGCAUCAGUGCGCGACGAGGCGCCAAAACCAAGCAGCCCGCGCGCGAGCCCCGCCAAGUUCGACCGCGCGAUGGUCGAGGCGAAAAUGCGCAGCGACGGCUGGGUGACGACCGAGAAAGCUAGAGCGAAUGCCGCCGAAGGAUCUUCGAGAACAACAGAUAAGUACUACCAGCUCCACGGCGACCCGAAGACGUACCGUUCAUUACCGGAGGUCGCGCGCGCCUAUUAUCCGGACCUGAUCGGUCCUUCGGACGAGAAACUGGCGCCGAAGAAGAAGAAGCCGCCGGCAACGACUUUACGGAAGCGCGACCGCGACGCGGCGGAAAGUCUGGUCAAGAAAUUCAACGAGGAAGAGAGGCGGUGCGCCGUCAUUCUCGACGAGAACGGCUCGGACGAUGAAGAUAGGGAAGAACUGCGGGCGUCUUUGACAAAUGCGCGCUGGGCCGCGCGGCGAGCGGCGCAGGCCAUCGACGCGCACGAGCCUCCAUUCAUAUUGGACGCGGCGCGCCGGCCGCCGACGAAGCGCGACUACACGGUGCGGUGCAAGGCGCUCUUAGGAAGUGGCAUCGAGCCUCCUAGACAACCCGGCGAGUCCGACGAGGCGGUGCAGCGGAAGCGGCGCGCCAAGGCGUUGCGAGAUAGAAAAUGGACGCGGCCCAUACCCUGCCAGCUGCCGGCGCCGCCCUGGCCCUCUGCAAAGCGUUUACUCGAGGUGCGGUCGACCUUCGCGGGUCAAAGGGAGUGGAAACGGUUGGGGGAUGCGCCCUUCUCUUCAUUGGCGAGUGUCUCGCAGCCCUUCUGGGCGCGGUUUGAUGGGGACCGCAUCCCGAACGUGCAACCAGGUUCUAGGUACGUGCGCGUGAGGCUCAAAUCUAAAAGAUUGAGGAUCGCGUCGCAUCCUACAAUAGCGGCCGUGCCGCUCGAGGAGCUCGACGCGGGCGUUCAUGCCGCCGUUAGAGCGGCCCACGCGGCGUUAGGUCGCGUGGCCCGCGCUAGGAGGGCGAAGGAAGCCGUAAGGGAACGCAUGGAAGUGGCGUCGGACUCCGAGGAGGAGGAAAGGGAAGAUGAUCCAGUCGUCGACAUCUCCGGCUUCAAGUACGAGCCCCGCGUGCGGUCGACGUCGCCUCCUAGAAGCCCGGUGCGCGAGCUUGAUAUGAUGGACGACGACGAGGACGAGGGCGACAUGCUCUGCCACAUGGCCGGGAAACUGACGGCGUCCACUUUUCAGGGGACGUGGGCCUUCGAGCGGAAUCAACCAUUAAGAUGGCCCUUCGCCUUCCAGAUUGCUGAAUCUACCAUUGAUGAGCACGGUGCGCGAGUUUUGGAGCUCAAGGGCUCCUUUGAAGGAGGUGGGUUAACUGCUCCAGUUGCUGAUUCAUUUACGUGCACGAUUCAGAAAAAUGGGCAAAUUGACGGGAAAGGACGCAGCAGGUUCGGCGCCUACGCUGUUCGAGGAGUGUUGGCGUAUGACGGCGAGGAGGUCUCGCUCACGAAACGGCCGCCCCAUAAACAACGCGUCGUCACGAGACCUGUCAAGGAGGAAGUCGAGGCGGACGACGCCUGGGCCCAGUGCGAUCAGUGCCAGAAGUGGCGCUUGUUGCCCAAGAACCAUGUGGUCGAUCCGAACUCGCCCUGGACCUGCGAGAAGGUAGGUCGGUCUUGCGACGAAGUCGCGGACGACGCGGAAAUCGUCGAGGAAGAACCAGUGCUAAGGGUCAACGACAAGGAUUCCCUACUCAGAUGCCACGACUUUUUGAGUGCGUUCGCCCCCGCAUUAGGCGCUUCUCCGCCACCAUUGGGAGCCGUCGCGCAGAUGGUCAACCUGUCAAGCCCUCUAUCACCCUUAGAUGAAAGACUGUGCUACGACGUGCACGCUCCCUUAUUAAAGUGCGCUUUAGGAGACAGACUCUUCGCCUGUAGACGGGAACGGCCCGCCGACGCCGACAGCGAAGACGAAGAGAGAGAGAAAAAAAGGGACGUUUUUGAGGACGACAUCGAGGCGAUCGUGCCCGAGGACAAGCCGGAGAUCGCGCCGGAAGCCGAGGACGAGCCCGACGGGGCCGCCGCGGACUGGCACCUCGACGGGCCUUAUGUUGGUGCUUGGACCAAUAGGUUAGUUGAGGGUGCUUCUCACCGACGGUGCGUCGGUCGGGUCGAGGGGUAUUUACCUCCCGAAGAAGCGGAUUUCCUGGACAAGGAUGGGAAGCCCUGUGCCUUGUGGCGCAUUCGGUACGUGACCGGUGAGCUCGAAGACGAACUGGAGGACGUCGAAUGGCACGAGCUCCUUGAAAGUAGUCCAAGAUGGAUCCGGCCGCGCGUCGCGGGCGGCUUGCCGUCGGUAGACAAGCCCGAUAAAGAGUGUUUGAAGGCCUUGGACGAGGCGUCUCCCGUGGGUCUGUGGUGGUCGUCGUUACCCGGUCCGGAGCACGUGUCGCGGCAUACGCUGUGGCCCGCUUUAUUGGCAGCUUGUGCUUUUAGAGCUGCAAAAGUCGACGCGGACUCUUCCGUUGAAAGUGCGCUGGCGGCUCGAGCUAUUCGGGCAGCUUCCCAGUUAAGGGCGUCGCGGGCCGACUACGGCGCGCUCGAGCCGGACGCUCGUUUAGCUUUAUUGGAUGCGCUGGUCCACGCCUGCUGCGAGACCUGGAAAAUCUCGGCUGCUGCGGCCAAGAUGAGGGGCGCGGCGCCCGUGCAACCCCCGGCCUACUACGACAAUCCUCUGAAAGUGGACGAGUAUAAAGCUACAAAAAAGAAGAAGGCCCCCGCGCGCAAGUCGACGAACGGGUCGCGGUCGUCGGCGCCGCUGCCGAUGACGGCCGUCGCCGCGCUGAUUUCCGCCGACGUGCCUUUACGGGUCCGCCAGGACAACCCAAAAGGAGGGGCCUCAAAAGCCCGCUUCGAGCGGUACAUGCCCGCGCAGUCGGCGCGCGAGUUCGUGGUCUUGGGGGGCACGAAGGGCGACCUGCAGAACGACUUGUUGAAGGGCCACGUCUUCCUGCUGUCGUCCGAGGGGCCGGACGCGCACGACGUCGACUGGCGGAAGGAUCCACGCGUGAUCGCGGCGACGAUCGGAUGAUUUAUAAGGUGCUAUUUUAUUUA